AUGGUAGACGGAGAUGGGCCACUGCUCGUAGACCUCCUCCGCGAGAGCCUCGACAACUCCCCCGCGUCCACCUCCUACCUCGACCACCUCAUCUCCCUCUCCCUCGACGACCUCCUCCACGAACCCUCCCUCAUCGCGUCUGAAAGCUCCACGGUCGAGGCCGAGCUCACAAACCUGUGCUAUCGCGAAUACACCACCUUUACCCUCGCCCACAAAUCCUCGGCAGCCGUGCAUUCCGCAUUCGACGAUUUCGGCGCAAGCCUUCACGCCCUCGUUGAAGCUGCUCCCCCGCUCGAAGAGGCAUGCCGGGCAUUCACCAAAACUACUGCGUCUGCUCAGACCGCGCGCGCACGCGUCACCCUCGUUCAUGAACACCAAAACAAGCUGGCCGAGCUGCUGGAACUCCCACAGCUCAUGGAGACAUGCGUCCGGAACGGAUUCUACCAAGAAGCGAUGGACCUCGCGGAACAUACGCGCCGCCUAGGCGACAAUCCCCUUGUCCAGGAUGUGGUGAUGGAGGUGGAGGGGGUACUGGAAAUGAUGACCACGCAACUGUUGGCGUUACUGCGGGAACCCAUCAAGCUGCCCGCUUUGAUCAAGGCGGUCGGAUUUUUGCGCCGGCUCGGUCACGAAGACCUCGGGCUGGUCUUUCUCCAGAGCCGGCUAUACAACUAUCGGUCCAAACUCCCCCGCACCCCAGACCUUCGCCGCUACAUCGACCUCUUUCGGGAACACGUCUACGACAUCAUCUCCCAAUACUCGGCGAUCUUCGAGAUCUCUUCGCACCUGGUAGCAUUUGCCAGUCAGUGCGUAGAGGAGCUCGUCCACACCAUUGCCACCUCCAUUCCUCUCAUCCACGACGCCGCAUCCCUAUCCUCCAUCCUCGUCCAGCUCGGGUACUGCGCCCUAUCCUUUGCGCGCGUCGGCCUCGACUUUGCCCUCCUCACCAACGAGUACUUUUUCGCCGUCGUCGAGGCCACGUACGCGCAAGCCGUAUCCGCAGCGACGACAGACUUUGCCGCUCGGCUCAAAACCACCUCCCACUUUCCCCGAAGCGAGGACUCCAUCUCCCACUAUCCCCCUCUAGCCAUCUUCCUUAACGCCCACGUCGACGCCUUGAAUGGUCUGCGGCUCCUCGCGCCCCUCGAGUCGAGGCGGAACAUUGUCGUGGUCCAGCACGCCUCCCUAGCGGCGGGAUCGUCCGCCCUCCUCCAGUACUUUGACGAGACACUCGUUUCGGAAGCGCCCAGUGCCCCUUCAUCCCCUCGGUCUCAGCUCUUGCGGCGGAAUACGGAAACGCAACUCGCCCCGGAGGUACGGGCGGCCAAGCGGAGAGAGACCAAGCGGGGGUGUAUCACCAUGGCGCAAAUGUGGCGAGACCAGGUCAUCCCUACUUUGGUGCAGGGACUGCAGGGUGGGGUCUACGAGGCGGGGGAGGCAUACACAGGCGGUGUGGAGGAUUGGCUCGCGCAGUAUGAGCCAAAUGGGGAGCCAAGGACCCCGCCACGGUCUCCAGUACUUGCGCCAGUGACGCCAUGA